AUGUCUACUGCAACCAAGAGUGGGAAGCCUGCCAACGGCAUUAACUUCAUCAAGCGUCCCGAUGUUACCGUGAGGGACAGAAAGCUGGACACUUUGAACGUUCAGUUGAAGAAAGUGGAUCAGGAAGUGGCGCUGUUGAGAAAGCAGAUCGACCAGCUUCAAUUGGAUGACAAGAGCUCGAAGGAGCGGAAGUCGCUGCAGGAUGCUAACAAGGAGAUCAUCAAGACCCAAGCUGACUUCAAGAACAGAAGAAACGCUAUUCACGACGACGUCAAGCAGCUAGAUGCCGCUAUCAAGAGAAGAGCCACCGAGAUCAAUGACAAACUGGGCAAGAAGCACAAGUACACCACGACAGGGGAGGCCAAAUCCAGAAUUGCCGAAAUCGAGGACUUGAUCGGCUCCGGUAACUUGUCCAUCGUGGAGGAAAAGAUGAUGGUCAAAGAAAUGCAGUCUUUGAACAAGUUACUCAAGGACUUGGCUGCGAUCGAGCCGAUCAAGAAGUUCAUCGAUGCGGACAAGGCCAAGAUCGCCCAGUUAAAGGAGGAGUUGUCCACUUUGAACCCGAGAGAAAUCUCAACCAAGUUUGAGGACAACCAAAAGAAGCUGAACAACUUGCAAAGUGCCUCGCAGUCUGUCUAUGACAAGAGACAAACCCUCUUCAACAAGAGAUCCGCUCUUUACAAGAAGCGUGACGAAAUUUACGUGCAAAUCAGACAGAUUAGAAGUGACUUCGACAAUGAGUUCAAGGCUUUCAGAAGCAAGAUGGAAAAGGAACGUCUAAGACGCGAACAAGACCAACUUCUGUCCAAGUUGGUGGAGGAGAAGGAAGCAGCCAUCGGGAAACUUGAGGAGAAGUUGAACCACGCCAAGGUGCCAGCAUUUACCUACGAAAUUAGUGCUAUUGAAAACGCCUUGGUUGUGCUGGACCCAAGCUACGAAAAGCCUAAAAAGAACGUUCUUAACGAGGUGACUGACUCUGAUAUGAACACAGCUGCUGCAAAUGAGAGAAAGGUCGACGCAGGUGACUUGGUCCUUGUUGAGAAGAAGAGGUCAUACAGACAGCCCCUUACAAGUCCAAGAAGACNCAAAAAAAGUACCAAGGAUCAGUCAUCCACCACAAACGGUAUCUUUGGUAAGAUUGACGGUAAAUUCUCCUUGGAACCUACUUUGAUCGCCACCCUUGCUGAACUGGAUGUCACUGUCCCAAUUGCUCACGAUGACGUUGCCAAAACCAUCGAGGAAUUGAAGAGUAAGCACGAGGAGCUUAUCUCCAAGCAGGAUGAACAAACAGAAAAGAACGUCAGCGUGGUUGAAGAGCAAUUGGAAAACUUGAAGAGCAAGUACGAAGAAAAGGAAGAGCAAAUUAAGAAGGAGUUGGAGGAAAAGAGGUUGAAGGAGCAACAAGCUGCUGUUGAAAACGGAGAUGAGGCUUAA